AUGGAAUACGUUAUUUGGUUCAUUAUACGACGAGGAAUUCCUUUUAUCGCGUUGUAACAUUAUACAUUCAUGCACGUAACGUACGCGUUCUAGUCGACAUUGGUCGUACAAAUUAAAGGUCGAAACGUCGAUAGGUAUUUGAAAAGCUAAUGCUAGGUAAUGUAGUUUCAAGCCCAAUCUCGAAACAUGUUUCACCGUAGCGCGAUUGUCCUUGUGGAAACGAAGAGUAAAUAAAUACCUACGUUCGUGUUUGAUCGGGCGUAAAAAUGGUCGCGAGUAUGUAAAUCGAAACAGCAGUUUGAUCUUCAUCUUACGUUACGUAAAUUACACUGUCCUCUCUCAGCGUUCGAAUUCAUCGUGAUUCGAUCGUACAAAGAAAACGUUUGUCGUCGCUCGUUCGCAUCUUCAUCGUUCUUAUCGCAGAUUCGAUACGUGCCACAAUAAACGUCAGCGGCUGAUAAUUUUUUCUCAUGUUUCUGGCCGACGCGCGUCGCCAUUCUCUUGCGUAUGUAUACGCUAGAACAGCCAGUCGACCGGUCUGUCUUUUUCUGUUUCAUUCCUGUUCGACCUCGAGAGGAAUCAGCGUAAGGUUUCUCCCUCUUCGUCGCACGUGCCACGAUACGUGUAUACUCGCUCUUCGUUCGGAAAUCGUUUUCUCCUCGUCGUUCCCGGUAACGUCAUUCCUUUUCGCUCUAGCGUUUUGUUUCUCCGUCACAGAUGCUCGCCAGUGCCGACAACCUCCCCCACUCGGACUGCCACGCGAGGAUAAUCGAGACGGCCUAACGAACGCCUGUAUUCUUACCUCCUGUUUAGUCCAAAUCAUUCUCCUAAAGGGCGGUUUUUGCUUAACGUUACAUUGCCGCUUUCCAUACCGUAUACUAGAGCUGAACAAUAUUUGAUCGAAACGAUGAAUAACGUUCUUCUUUUUGCGCGAGGAAAUACAUCCACGAUCGCGAAGCCGAUCACGUCAAAGGUUUCGAAACGUUGCAACACUCGAUUUUAAUAUCGCGUCUUCACUUGGUGAAUUCUACUUGAAAAAAGUAUGGUUAGUAAUCCUACCCGAACGAAAUAACAUUUGCGUGCGAUGUUUAUUUACGUAAAUUUACGUAAGGUUCGGUGGCAGUUGGAAGGGUGUCGAAAUAAUUUUUGUAGCGGUGCAACGUUUUCAAGGUGCUCGAUAAAGUUGCAGCGUUAGAUUUUUGGUAUACCUGGGUGUUCGUUCCAUGAGUUUCGAGUUUCCUGCGAACAGGAAACCGUAUCAUUUAGCGUCACCGUGUCCCACGAGUGAAAAUGCAUUAACUGGCAGUAGCGGCCAACACUGCGGCAAAGUGAAACCCCUCGUCACGGUGUAGUCACGUUAAAGCGAGCCACGCAAAAUAGAACAACAAUCGUGGACCCGAACAUUGUAAUCCUGGUAACGUUUCUUUCCGGCUUGUCCCUUGUAUUCUCUUUGCGACUGACCUUCGUACAUCUCCCAAGCUUCUUCUCGCUUAUUAAGCUGAAUGCUCACGCGGCUGUUUCUUGCCACGCUGUAGAACAGUCGCCGUUAAGCCGAGAAAAGUAACCGCACUCAAGGCCGAAUUACAAGAUCCUACGCAAUUAUUGCGUGUAUCGAAAUGACUACAGUGCGGGGCAAAACGAUAGCUCGAUGUUUGCUCUUUUCAUUUCGUAUAAAUAAACGUAUCGAAAUGCACGCUCAGGUUCAUGGAAAAAUAACGAUACAAAAAUCUGCGCAGUUGGGACGCAAAUAGUUCAUUCGUAACCAUGUAAAACAACCACGAAAUAAUUUCUUUUUAUACGUCCGAGAAACAAGUUUAACAUUGAUGCGAUAAGGGCUAACCUUGGCGAAGGGUGCUCCGCGUAUUUGACCCAUUUCAUAAAUCGCUGCCCUCGAAAUCGAAGCACGAAGUACGAAGAAUCUCGAUUCUACGUUUUCGUCCUUUUCUCCUGGGUAAAAUCACCCUGUCCGUUGAACCAUGACUUUCGCCGCACCCUGUACAUACGUACACCGAUGGAGAGCAGAGGAGAGCAAAGAAGAGCGUUGGAAGCGCGACGAAGGAGAAGAGAGACGGAGAAAGCACGGAUAGAGUGAAAGGGGCGCGGAUAGUCGGGUCGGGACGGGCGGAGGCGGAGGCGAAGGCGUAGGCGGGGGCGGGGGCGCGAGGAGGGAGCGAGGGACAGACGUUCUAGCGUUGUUUGGAACGAGCAAGCUUGGUUCGCGUGGCAAGGGGGGCGCGGGGGGGGGGGGGGAGGGAGGCGAGCGGGCGCGGAAGGUGGCGCAUGGCGGGGAGAACCGAUGACGAUGGAGGGAGGCUCGUGGGUGGCAGCUGAGCACGGUGUGAUAGGGGAAAUCAGUCGCGGUUCGAGUACCGCCACGCAUGCACGCGAGCUGGUUCGCUCGUUCCUGUAGCUUUUUAUUGUCCGUGCGACGACACGGUUCUCUCCGUAACACCGGAGCACCCUGAAAAUAAACGCAACAAUACGCGUUUCUCGGAAUUGAUCAAAGCGAAUCCCGACCUCCAUCCGAAAGUUUCUUAGACCUUUUGAAAGAUAUAGUAGCCGAGACGCUUGCGCCGUUUCCCGAAGACGGGUAACCGCCGCCGAACCAAGCCAAUCGGAAACACCGAUGUAAACAGAGAGCAGUUUUUAAACGGUAAAAGAGCGGCGGCGACGGCGGCGCGACGCUCGCUCCCCCUCCCCCACCCGCCCUCCCCCGCCCCACACGCACACACACUCUUCCUCUUUCUUUCUUUCGCGAGGAAAGGACGUUCGAGAUAAUCUGAGCGAACGUUCCUUCGAGGGGAAAGUCUGUAUUUUGAUAUACCAGUUUACAAUUGUCGCUCAAGAGGAUUCCGCGCUGUCGCAGCGUUCACGAAUAAACACGAACGAUUGUUCGAAUUGUAACAGUGGACUGUGCGAUAGUUUCGUGAGAGGUGAAGUGACAAGAUUAUUUGCCGUGGCAAAGAAGAAAGCACGCGACCGAAAGUAGUGGCUGGAACACGGUGGGGCCAAGAUGCUCGACUUCGAACAACAGGCCAAUCAAGCACAAGCCCUGGCCUCGCUCGACGAGGACUGGCACCUGCUCGAGGACGCUAAGAUGAGAUUGGAGGAGGAUCUAGUGAUACGUAGGAGCCGACCCACGAUGAUUUCUGCAAAGUAUCGCGCGAGAGAAGAACGUCGUCGUUUGUUGAAGAUCUCCGCCGGUAAGCUGAGGAGGAUCGAGGACCCGGAGGCCAGCCUCUGCAGAUCGGUUCUCAUAAACAACGCUGUUAGACGGCUCCAGCGCGAAAAUCGGGACGAGAAGACGAGGAAUUACGGUCUUCCGGUGGUCACGUAUCUGAACGAUUCCACCAAGGAGAACAACGCUUCUGGCAACCUUAUCGUCGGCGUGACCGACGACGAUGCGUCUUCGAGGAAAAGAUUGAGCGACGACACGAGGAACGAGGGACUCGGCCCCAAACGUCAAAGGCACGACGACCUCGACCUCCAGGACGAUGUGUUCAGCGACUUUUACAUCCUGCCGCCCACUCCACGGCUACUCUCCCACAUAGACGAGAUCCAGGAACCGGAGUCCCCGCAUCACCAUCACCUGGUCUACUCGGAGGACCGUCUGAGUUCCGUGGACGUUCGUUCGGGAACGACGAUCGUGAACACGAGCACCGCGAACACGACUACCAGUACCAGCACCACCACCUCUCCGAGUAGUUGCUGCAACUCCGUCAUCUUCCCUGGCGAGUUGGACGACUCUGGUUCCCAGCUCAUCAGCGUGACGAGAUCCAGCGACGUCAGCAUGAUGGAAACCUCCGACGUGGUCGACCCCGACAGGAUCUGCGACUUCUCCAGAUUCGCGGACUCUGCGAAAAGUCUGGAGGAACGUCUGGUCGAGCUUCAGUCUCUGGACGAACAUUUCGAUUUAGCAAAAUUCGAGAGAAACAACAACCAGAGCUGCGGCAGAGCCUUCCACGACAUCCAGACCUUCCAUAGCCUUGUACCCGGCCUGGAAACCUAGAAAACAACGUCAUGCCUCGAACACCACCCACCUAUAGGUCUCUCCGACUCCGCGCCGGGGAAGGACCAUGACAAGGCGACGAUACCGGUCGAUGGCUUCGCGACACGCACCAGGAACCACGAGGAUCUCUAUGGACUCGGAGGCUGGUGACUGUCUGUCGAUCGUUGGACGUGUUUGCUACCCGAACGUUCUGGCUAGAAGCGCCUGCCAUUAGGCUGCAGCCUCGAACAACACUCUCGAGGAUGCAGUUCGGAAUCCAACUAUCGAUACUUGGUUGUCCGUGGUUAAAACGAAGAACGAAGCUAUCGGGUAUGCCCGAAACACGAUGGACCUUUACGAAUCCAGCGAGCACAGACUUGUCUAGAGUUGAACUAAGGUUUUUUCUCGCGUACGUACAUAUGGAUAUCGGAACGUUGGUACUUGGGGCGUUGUACGUAGGGAAUAUCGGUACCAGAAUGUCCUGAACUUACGCAUACGUAUAUGUAAUUUGUAUAUAUUCGAGUACGUUUGUAAGAGCACGUUAACGAUAACAUUAGAUGAAUUUUUAUAGCGGAAAAUUUCACGGAGAAGUACGAGAGUAAAUGUGGAACGUGAAAGAAGAGAAGAAGGACGGACAAAUUAUAUUGAACGCGUCGCGCGCCUGUAUAAAUGCCUUUAGAGUAGCGCCGUGAAUCGAUGUAAAUGUGGGAUGGUAUGCGAUGAAAUCGAAUGGAUUCACUAUGCCGCGCGAUAAUGCCACGAUGAGCCUUAAUUGUUGUGCACGUUCUUCGAUUUUUGUUGACAUGAUUCUAUUGAUUUGUUCCGUUUCGCGUUCCUCUAUUUUGCCAGUAGCGAGGAACGCGUCAUUUUUUUUUUCUUUUUCAUUUUUUAAAUUGUUUCCUCGUUAUUCUUUCGAAACGAGCGACAAGUUACCAAUCGAUGUAAAGUCUUACGAAAAAUGAUUGUCGAUAAAGUUUUGAGGUUAUAGUCGGAUGAUAAACUCGAUUGGUCGAUGAGUGCCACUUCCGCGAAUCCUGCCACUACUUUUAACCUUGGAACAACUAUCGCCACGUUUAACUUCUAGGGAUACACGAGACUUCUCUCCAACUUGAAUUGGUAAUUACGAUAGAAUACAUCGUAAUAUUUAUACUUCGUGUUUUUCUAUCUUUUUUAAUGUAAAAGAACAAUUUAUAAACUGGUAAGAGUAGAUAAAAUUUUGAUAAAGUAGAAGUUAAUCGAUGAAAGCAACACGAGCCAUAAGUAACCUAGAAAUGUGUUAGAUCGGUUGAAACCCCAGAAGUCCUAAGGUUAAGGUAAAAGCAACGGUAGUGGACAUUUAACGCUGUUCUUCGUAGAAAAGUUACGACAACAAAAAAUUGCAUGGUAAAUUCACCAUUGAUUGGGACAUGAAAAAACUCCAAGUUACAGUGGUUGACAUUUCUUGGUUCGGUAGUUGGUGUUUGGGGAAUGCAUUAGAAAAAUGAACUGCCAUUUUUUACUCUUCGUGUAUCGGUGUAGCGCAAUGGAAUUGUGUACUGGUUCGUUACUGGCUCGAAAAACUGACGUUGAAUGGCGUCGCCUGUCCUCGGAUUAACUUUGUUCCGAACAACAGCGCCAAUAAUUUUUACACUUGUCCCGAAAACUCUCUCCUACCGAAGCACCGUUAACUUCUGAUACAACUAUCGAGACUUGUUCUAUUCUUAGAACAAGCUUUAUAUAUUUAUAACAUUUAAGGCUGUAAUUGUAAAUAAUCUCGAUAUAUAGCGGCUUAUAGGAAAGAAGAAUUAAUAAAUUUAGAAUAUUAUUACAUCUCCGAUAUCUAUCGAGAUUAUUUUUACUUUUUCAUAUUCCAUAAAUACAUAUUUAUUGUAAAUAGUAUUUUUAUUAUCUCGGAAAUGUGUAUGUUCCGUCAUUCCUGAUUAGAAGGAAUAGUCCUUAUUUUACCAAUACGUAUUAUACACGUGACCAACGUGUAAGUUUUUCACUUCCAUUUAUGUGUAUGUUAUUUAAAUUUGUAUAUGUGUUUUAUUCUUCUUAUUAAUGUUUCAUAAUUUUAUUAUUAUUACAAUUAUUAUUAUUAUUAUUAUUAUUAUUACUAUUAUUAUUAUUAUUAUUAUACGGGUAAAGAUCCUUUAGUAAUACUGUAUAUAAUGUAGUAUUACAUAUAUUAUUAUUAUUGUAAUUAUUAUUAUCGUAGACAAAUUUUCGUAGUGAAAAGGACUGAAAUUGCAGCCAAAGACGUUAUAUGUAUAUGAAGCUUGUCUUUCGACUGAGAUGGAUUUCGAUAAGUUCAUACGGGACAAAAUAUUGUUCCACUAAUUACACUGGUGCAAUAACUUAUUCCAUUUGUUUUUACAACAGUAUCAAAUAUCAAUUUAUUUUAGAAGGAUUUGCUUGUUCGUUUGAGCCAAACGAACCAAUGAAAGUCAAAGGACGUUCGUCUGUAAAGCGUGGUGGUAACAUCCGAGUGGCCUUGCGCCAGCCAAUUACUUUUCAUCCGACUAUAGUCCGUGAAUUGUUUCUGGCCGAUCGUGACACGAAUCGCGUGAAUCAUCACGUUCCAGAACGCGAUUUUCCAGAGCGAAAGUGACCGAUGAACGAUUUUAUUGCCAAAUGGCCUUCUCCGUUGCUUAAUAAUAUUUACGUUGACAAAAGUAUUUUCAAUUUUAUAUCUCGAACCCACAUGUUAGGGAUACUCUGUUAACUCUAAUUUCCAACGAAGAAUGUUCGCGAUGAAUUUUUGUAAAAUUUUUGUUACGAUAAAACGCGAUUGUGCAUACGAUUUCUAUACAUUGUUCUUGUAUAUAAAGUAUCGUUUAAGGAAGGUACAUAUAGAUAAAGCUCGAGCGGUAAUAAGGUGUAUCUUUAGGGUGGAUUCAGCAGACAAUGUACGGUGCAAUACUUUGUCCUUUCAGUUUCCCUGCAAGGAACGCGCGAGAGAAGUUGCGAACCUACCCAAAACCCGAUGAUGGGCAAAAAUUUUAUUUAGAUGAAAACUCAAAUAAUGAAUAAAAAAAAAAUAAAUAAAUAACAUUGAAUCUGUCAUUUUUUUCAUACAAAUUACAACUGAAUUACGAAAUGAAAUAAUAUUUUACGUUGGACGAAUAAAAGUUUAUCCGAAUAUGAGAUGCUACACUAUAGUAUAAUAUCGUACCGUACCAUCGUUUAUUAUUCCAAUAAGAUUUUCAUUCGCGUUAGUUGUGUAACAACGAUCAGUUAUCGUUGCGUGUAAUUUCAUUCUAUUCGUCUAUAGUAAUCCAAAUUUUUAUUUUUAUUAAACCAAUAACGGAUAAAGACGUACGUAUGUUUUAUUCGUGACUCGAAAUAAUUAUCUAGAUAAAAAUUUUGCUCAUCCAUGAUUUGCAAAAGUGCCGCGCUAUUCUUUUUCUCUAGCUUAUCUCCUCCUCCUCCUCCUCCUCCUCCUCCUCCUCCUCCCCC